AUGUGGCUCGCAGUGCACUGGUUAGUCACCCGCCUCCCUGACUGCCUUGCCACUACUCGUGACGCGCUUCUCCAGAAGCACCCCACUGAGCUCACCAACGAUCUCCUUGAGACCGCUCUCGGGACGAUCGAGAGUAGCCUCCUCACCGUUGCCUCCGCCACUGACGCGGUGGUCCCCCGUCUCUGUGCGAGGUGUGCCGCCCCUCAGCUUCCCACUUUCACUGCUACCUGCGCUUCUACUGCUGUGUCGGUUUCUGAGGACACUGCUACCGUUUCCGCCGCAGACUGGCAGAAACGGGGCAAGAGUGGCAAGAAGGGCAGGAAGGGGGGAGGUGGAGGCGGUGGAGGCGGCGGUGGAGGUGGCGGUGGAGGUGGGAGCGCCGGUGGUGGAGGCGGUGGCGGCGGUGGCGGCGGUGGAGGUGCACCAGGAGGAGGGGGCCUUGGAGGAGGUGCAGGACAAACAGGCCCGCCCACUGGCGGUGGCCCAACUGGACCAGCCAUUGCGCGUAGCUCCACUACCCUCUCGUGUCCUGUGGUCCCCUCUAGUGUCCUGCGCGGCCUCCACAUCCCCUCGUUCACUCGGAACUUGGUGGGUGCUGGUUACCUCCAGGACAGGGGGAUCAUGGUUACCUUUGUGGGGGGUGGGAGGACUACGGUUUGUACAGACGCUGCCACAGGUGCUAUUCUGGCCACGUUCACCAGGGAGUCCCGCUCUGGUCGCUACGUCCUCCACACCGAGCGCUCCCCGGUUGCGUCCUCCGCUCAGGUCGUUGCGUCCCCUCUAGUCCAUGUGUCCAGUCCAGUUGCUGUGUCUAGCCAGGUGGUCAUGUCUUGUCCAGUUGCAGUGUCUAGUCACGUCGCGCUGUCUAGUCCAGUCGCUGCGUCCUGCUCCUGUCAGUCCCUCACCCAACGGACCGUCUUGUAG